GUCGCGGGGUCCCAGCCCCGACGUGAAGAGCUUGGCAUUGUGGGAUAUCUUUCUUUUCUCGCUCUCCGGCCAUCUUGGCGGCUGCAGUGAACUGGGGGCCUCCCGCGCCUAAGGCAGGAAGAUGGUGGCCGCAAAGAAGACGAAAAAGUCACUGGAGUCGAUCAACUCUAGGCUCCAGCUGGUUAUGAAAAGUGGAAAGUACGUGCUGGGGUACAAGCAGACUCUGAAAAUGAUCCGACACGGCAAAGCGAAACUGGUCAUCCUCGCCAACAACUGCCCAGCCUUGAGGAAAUCUGAAAUAGAGUAUUAUGCCAUGUUGGCCAAAACUGGUGUCCAUCACUACAGUGGCAAUAAUAUUGAAUUGGGCACAGCGUGUGGAAAAUACUACAGAGUAUGCACACUUGCUAUCAUUGAUCCAGGUGAUUCUGAUAUCAUUAGAAGCAUGCCAGAACAGACUGGUGAAAAGUAAAUCAUGCACAAUUUUUCUUUAAUAAAACUGGCCAGAGCUUCUUUUAAAAAUAC